UCGUAAUUCAACAAACAGCGAAAACUUAUCACGUUUUCGUCAGCCUUCGUCUAUGACGAGUAAACUAAUGUUACUAUUUUAGUAAAAUGCGCUCCAGUUACGGUAUUUAUAACGUUAAUAUAGUCUGACCUUACAGGUGGAGAUACACUUAUACCUGCACUAAAAAUAUUAUUAGGUUCACGUCUUUGUUAUUUGCUAGCUAACGUCAGCUCAGUUAGCUUAGCUCACGUUAGGUAGCCAGCUAGGUAAACAGGGGUUGACGUUAGCUAGUCAUGUAUUUUCCUUGACAUUUAAUUGUAACGUUAGUUGCUUUGUGUUCAGUUUCCAGCAGGGUCUGAAGAAGGUAACGUUAGGAUGACGAAUGAUCUUGCUGGUGUGUGGGAGGUGGCACUGAGCGAUGGAGUCCACCGGAUAGAGUUUGAACAUGGCACGACCACCGGGAAAAGGGUCAUCUACGUUGAUGGAAAGGAGAUACUGAGACGGGACUGGAUGUUCAAACUUGUGGGGAAGGAGGCAUUCAAUGUGGGCAAAUCAGAGACCAAAGCAACCAUCAACAUUGAUGCAGUCAGUGGUUUUGCCUAUGAGUACACCUUAGAGAUUAACGGGAAGAGCUUGAAGAAGUACAUGGAGAACAGAUCAAAGGUCACUAGCACCUGGGUUCUCAACUUGGACGGCACUGACUGCAGGGUGGUCCUGGAGAAAGACACCAUGGACGUUUGGUGUAAUGGACAAAACAUUGAGACUGCAGGGGAGUUUGUGGAUGACGGCACAGAAACCCACUUCACACUCGGAGACCACAACUGCUGCGUGAAGGCUGUGAGCAGCGGGACGAGACGAGACGGGAUCAUUCACACGCUGCUCGUGGAUGGCACAGAGAUAGCUGAAUGCACAGAGUGACUGUAUGUGCGUUUACAUUUGUAUGAAAGCAGUGAUGUGGUUCAUACGUGUGACUUUGUAUCUAUGUGAAAUAGAGGCAGAGUGUAGAGUAGAGUUGGAGUCGGGGACCAAUUGACAGAAAUAUGCGCUCCUAUAUUUUGGUGGCCAUAUAUUGGUCCUGUAAGGGUUGUUCUAUAAUUAAUAUAGUAUAGCAAGGGUUGAAGACAGGACCUGCAGUCUGGGCAGUUUUUACAAAAGAUGUUGCAGCUAGACAUUUCAGCCUCAAAAAGGGAUUAACGGUUUUAAAAUGCAACUUCACACUGAAAAACUUUGAGUUGUAAACUGGUACUGUAGAUUGAUAGAAAUGCUAUCAAUUUGAGUAAUGUUAUCAGCGUUAGAGGCCAGAUGUGUCAUAUUUCUUUUGACUCAGUCUGGCUUGGGUUGCCCCGUGGUUGUUGCCAUUUUGCAGCUGGUGUUCACUUAGGUCAUAGUGGAUAAGACUGACAUUGUCUGGAUUCCGAGAUGUACUGCACCUGUUUUCAUUUUGGAGAAAACAACCACCCCCUGUACAGAUAAGUAGUAAACCCCAGACUCUAGCUAAUCUCCCUGCUCUUCAUGCUCGCUUCUUGUAUUUUUCAAUAUUGCGCAGCAGGAGGAUUAGCAGGCCACAAGAUUAUUACUUCCAUUCUCAGAAGUGAUCAUUGUUUAUUUCUCUUUUGAGCUUUUUGUGAUGGGUCCAGCCAGCUGGUAUUACAGUAAUAUGUAAUUAGCUUUUGGGAGACUGCUGAAGAUGUGUCAAACAUUCUAGGGUACAAUGUAUACAAUUGAAACACUGAAGUUUCAUAGACAAUCAUGAGGUAGUGACAUUAUUGCCAGUAAUAAAUCAUAUAGACAGCUGAAGCAAGUCACUGAUAUCCAGACCUAUUUUGGAGAUUCCGUGUCAUUCUCAGAGAUGUGUGGAAUUCUGUUAUGCUGUCAAAUUAUUAGUCUCUUUUUUUUAUGUAAAGGCCAGAUGUUGUGGUGACACAGAAUUUAAGCUAAACAUUUUUUUAGAAAGUUAUGGUCAGAAAUUAAAGGUUGAAAAUGUUUCCAAUGUCUCUCAAAUACUUUCAUUUUGAGAAAAGAGGCAUUUACUUAUAGAGCAAUCAUAAAAUACAGUGAAAACACAAAACCAUAAUCAGCAUGAACAAAAGAAUGAACUUACAAGUCCACCAAGGCCUCCAUGACAACUGUGGAAGUUGUCAACUGAUGGCUAAGGCUUUUAUUAUUAUUAUUAUUAUUAUUAUUACAUUUAUUUAUUUAGUAUUAAAAGGCAUGGAAUGUUUCCAUAUUAUUCAAGUAGUGUUGUAACAUAAUUAGAUGUCAGUUGCUAAAUUCUUUCAACGAAAAACAAAUUCAUUGAUUUUUGGUUUAACAUUCUUUAAUUUUGAUAUCAGCAUCAGACAACCAGCUGCCCCAAUGGGCGUCAUCGCAAUUUCCUUGUUGACUUUGAUAAUUUUAUAAACAAUUUACACUUAUUUUACAAUCAGGUUCUUGUAGCCAAAGCUUUUCAGGUUUGCCCGUUAUAUGAAGGGUUAUAUAAGUUGUCCUCUAAACAAAAUAAAAUCAUUUUUAUGUCUAUCAUUGUAUACAUUGUUUGCAUAUAUGGUAUCAUGUGGCGCCACUAAAAAGUGCUCAUCCAGUGGCAAAAGUAUGCUAUUGUUGCUAUAAAUUUAAUCUAGUCACCCAAAAAGAAACAAACAAGUAAUGAAAAAAAUAAGCUAC